AUGUUUAAAGCUCUAUUUUGGAAUUCGAGAGGGGAUGGAAGUGAGAACUUUAAAACUGCUAUUGCAGAUCUUGUUAAAUUUCAUUCUGUUGAUAUUUUGGCCAUUUGUGAGCCAAGGGUCCAAUUCAAGAGAGUUAGCAGUGCUCUUAAUUCUCUUGGUUUCCCUGAUUCUAGAAUUGUUGAAGCUAGGGGCUUUUCUGGUGGUAUUUGGUUGCUUUGGGAUAAAAAUAGAACUCAGGUUGAUUUUGUGGAUGAUAACUCUCAAUCCAUAUCUGUGAAAAUCUCCAUUCCUGGCAAGCAACCCUGGUUGUUUACUACUGUCUAUGCUAGUCCUACUCAUGUUAUUCGAGCCUCGUUAUGGAAUUAUCUAGAAAACCUUGCAAAUGCUGUCAACUUGCCUUGUAUGCUCAUGGGAGACUUUAAUGAGCUUGUUUCUGGAGCUGAUAAAAAGUGUGGCUCUCUCUCUGGCAGAUUUGGUGGUCUUAGAGAUUGGAUAAACAAAAAUGGUAUGAUUGAUAUGGGUUUCCAAGGUUCUUGCUACACUUGGAGCAACAAUAGAGUGAAAGAGAGGCUUGACAGGGGUUUCUGUUGCUCAGCUUGGAGAGCUUUAUUUGCUGAGGCUUUUAUUAGGCAUUUGCCAAAAACGAGAUCUGAUCAUUGCCCCAUUCUCCUCCAGCUUGCCUCCAACAAUACUAUCAACAGAAAUGCCACUCCCUUUAGAUUUCAAGCUAUGUGGCUCAACCACAACACUUAUGCUGAUUUUGUUUCCAACUCUUGGGACUCCUUUGAGGGUAAAUGGAACAAGGAGGAGAAUGGAACAAGGAGGUCUUUGGUCACUUGUUCUACAAGAAAAAACACAUCCUUGCUAGAAUUGGGGGAAAAUCUUUUCUGGAGGCAGAAAUCAAGAGAUAAAUGGCUCAAAGAUGGGGAUAGGAACACUAAAUUUUUUCAUUUGACCACUUUGAUUAGAAGAAGAAGAAACAAGAUUGAGGGCCUCUAUGAUUCCCAAGGUGUUUGGUCCAUUGAUUCCAUUGUUAUGAAAAGAAUUGCUGUUGAUUUUUUCACUAAUCUCUUUUCUAUUGGUUGUGUUGAAGACAUCAGCCUUAUUACUCUACCUGAAGUCAAGCAAUCCCUUUUCUCAAUUGGAGGACUCAAAGCCCCUGGCCAUGAUGGUUUCCCUGCAUUAUUCUUUCAGCACCAUUGGCAGCUCUGUGCUAAUGAUAUCUUCCAAGUUGUUCAAGCUGCCUUUCUAACUUGCACCAUUCCUCCAGGCUUAAAUCACACUAUCAUUGCUUUGAUUCCUAAGAUUGAGGGACCUCAACAUAUGUCUACAGUUGAGUUUGGGAGCUGGAAACCUGUCAGAGCCUCCCAGUCUGGACCCCUAGUUUCUCACUUAUUUUUCGUUGAUGAUCUAAUGCUCUUUGCUGAAGCAUCUUCUUAUCAAGCUAGAGUCUUGAAAAAGUGCCUUGAUGCCUUUUGCUCUCUUUCUGGUCAAGCUGUGAGCUAUGAGAAGUCACUUAUCUUUUGCUCCCCAAAUACCUGUAGAUCUGUUGCUUCCAGCAUCACUGCAUUUGUGGCUCUCCUCUUACCAGUGACCUUGACUGCUAGACUGCCUGUUAGCCUUUGUGAUAAACUGGAUAAGCUCAAUCGUGACUUCACCUGGGGUGAUACUGAUGACAAAAAGAAAGUCCAUUUAGUUAGUUGGGAUGCAAUCUGCCAACCUAAGCAGCUUGGGGGCCUUGGUAUCAAGAAAACCUAUGAGAUGAACAAAGCUAUGCUUGCAAAAGCCAGUUGGAAAAUAUGGCAGGCUGAUUCUGGUCUUUGGGCUGCCAUUUAUAAGGAAAAAUAUCUGAAGAAUGGCUGUUUAACUGAUAAUGACUACAAACCUCCCCUAGAUUACUCUAGUACCUGGAGGAGUAUCUCUCAUGGUGCUGAUCUCCUUAGAAAAGGUCUCAAAUGGCGUGUGGGUGAUGGUAGGACAAUCAAAUUUUGGUAUGAUUUCUGGCUGAUUCCUACUGCUCUUAUUACUCAUGCUCUCCCCAAUGCUGUUAUUAAUCACAAUGCUACUAUUUGUGAGUUUUGGGAUGAUUUUGGCUGGAAUAUAGAGAUGCUCUCUUCUGUUCUUCCUAUUCAUCUUGUUGACUUGGCUAUAAACACUCCCACCGGGUUUGAGGGAUGUGGUGAUGAUAUUAAGAUUUGGGCUACUACCUCCAAUGGCUGCUUUACUGUCAAAGAGCUAGGCGUGGUUUCACCAAUAACAGCUCUUGUUCUAUUUGCAAUUCUGCCGAUGAGACUCUUCUUCACCUCUUCAGAGAUUGUCCCAGAGCUAGACACAUUUGGUCUAAUAUUCCUAAGGCCACCUCCAUUUCUAAUUCCUUUUCCCUUGACUGGCAUGGUUGGAUCACUGCUCAACUGCAUUAUCUUUGACCUAACCUUUACUCUCCCUAUCAAUCCUGGGAAAGUUAUUCUUGACUCUGCUGCUGAAUGGAAAAUGGCUGCUUUCAAAACCAAUGUGUCCAGUAAUUGUGAUUGUAGUUUGUUCUCUUGGACAAGGCCUCCUGAAGGCUUCUAUAAGCUUAAUGUUGAUGGCACAAGAAUUGCUUCUUCUGGUAUGAUUGGUGCUGGUGGUGUCAUUAGAGACCAUAUUGGCAAUUGGAUUAUUGGCUUCCAGAUUAAUCUUGGUAUUGGUGCUAUUCUAGACGCGGAAGCUUGGGGGUUGUACUAUGGUCUCAAGAUUGCUAGGAAUCUGCUCAUCUCCAAUCUGGAAAUUGAGUCUGAUUCUGCCAUUCUUAUCAAUCCCUUGCAAAGGUCUGACUUAUCUCUGCACCCCCUUGGUUCUCUCAUUGAUGGCUGUCAUCGUUUCCUUUCAACCUUGGACAAUUCUAGAAUCAGUCAUAUCUUUAGAGAGUGCAACAUGACUGCUGAUGCCUUAGCCACAAUGAGUAUUGAGCAUGCUCCUGGUCUUAUCACAUUUGAGGAUCCUCCUGUUCAUGUUGUGCAUGCCUUCCUGGAUGAUCUUGAUGGGGUUUCUAGACUUAGAAAGACUGGGAAUACUGUUGUUCCUUAG